AUGGCAGGGCAAUACUACGCCGUGCCGUCAAACGGCCAGCACGACAUCCAUCUCGAAUUCCAGAAUCCACCGACUACACCAAACCCACCACCUAGAACCUUCCAAGGUCUUCCAGCUCGUCGCCGAUCAAAAGUAAAACUGUGGCUCGGCCUCAUCGGAAAAUGGUUCAUCACAGUCAUCUUCAUCAUAGUCGUCUACGGGAUCUUGAUCGCGUAUGCUCUCUACGAUGUCAUAUCGGAGAAGCAGAAGAAAUAUUUCAAUGCGCUCAUCACGGGGUUUCUUAUUGCUCUGGGUCUGUCGACUAUGAGUCAGUUGACGCAUGCGGUGCAAGAUUUGAGAUGGUGGAUUUUGAGUAGGAGGCCGAGGUCUCGUCAAAAAGCAACUCAAAUCGGCUAUGCCUCACUCGGCCUCUGCUACUCAGUCGAGAAAACCGAAGACCAAGCCCUCUUGGUUCCCGGAAACGUCUCCAUCGCGAACUUAACCACUAUCUCAGGUUCGAGUAUUGUCAACGCAUCCAGUUCAACCAAGAGCGAAGAGUACGCGGCAAACAGCUACGGAAUCAUAUCCCUAGCUCUAAACGAAGGAACUCCCGAUGAUAUUCUUUCCCCUGGGACUUUAUUCUUUGCAGAUAACAAGUUUCUGUUUUGUGACGGCGGGUCGUGUGCAUAUGUCUUUCGAGAGACGAAUACGCUUACUUUGGAUAACCCGAACAAGGCCCCUGUCUCAGCUGUCACGGACAGGAAGGUCAACAUUACGUCGCAUUGCGACGCUUUGAGGGUUCGUCAAGGGGGCAAUGGAACAGGGGAGCUGAUCACCGUCGAUAAUGGGAGGAGAGAAACCAACAUCACAUUACCCAGUAAGGAGGGUUCUGGUGAGAAGAUUUACAUGACAUCUCCCUCUCGCAACUGCGGCAGCAACUGCAGCAUUGUUUCGGUAUUUGAAUCAUCGUCGACAGAUCCGUGGCUUUACAACUGCACCGUCAAAAUGAGCCCUGUCGAAAACGCCAAGAGGCCAGAGCACCAAGUUGGUCAGAGACUGAUGCGCCUAGCAACAUCAGCGAUAGCCCUAGGAAGCCCGGACGGUCCAAACGACACCCGCUCAAACAGCUACCCCGCUGCAUCAAUAUUCGGCAUACCACUCAACGGCUCAACAGAACAAGUAGAAUAUCUUUUAUCACGCUUUGCAACGGGUAUGUUGGCAGCUGUCAUCGAAUCAAACACAGAUAUCGUACUCGCCGGCCAAAUGCCAACGAUUGGACAGAAACUCAACGUUUCGCACUGGGGAAUUAUCACAUUGAUUCUGUGGAUCACGGCGUUUCUUCAAUUGCUAGUCGCUGUUGUGGCGACUAAGGUGUCGGAGCGGGUUGUUGUGCCAGAAGGCGAUUCUCUGUCAGAGGCUAGAGUCUUGAGAAGCAUGAUUGAGGAAGAUGUGUUGGAUGGGGAGAAUGCGGCCGGGAAGGGAAAGCGUUUGUGGAUUUAUAGGAAUAGACACGUUGGUGACGGGUUGUAUGAUUUGUAUAUGGAGGUCAGAACGUAG